GAUCAGAAGGAAGAGUGUCGGAAACUUAAGGGAAAGUAAGAAUUCCAAGCUCACUGGACUCAUUUUUACUCUUAAAGAGCCUAUGUUUGUACAAGGAUAUUUCUGUUUUAGGUCAAUUCUGUGCUGAAGCUAUUACUUAGAACCUUUACCCCAAACACAAAAGAAGAAGAUAUCAAGCAGAUAACAUGGGCUUUUGUCACAUGGCGGCCAUAUCAAUUUCGGUUUUCUGGGCUUUUCCGUCUGCUCUCAGGCAAAAGCCGUUUUGGGUUAUGAAUCGUCUUUAAAGUGCUGUACUCGAUUGUCGAAAAUGAUGAGAAGCUUCCGCUAACAGUUUUGCUUUGCCGUCAUUAUUUUUGCCAAUGGAGUGCUCGUGUGAGCUGUACGUUCGAGAAGAAUAAAAAUGUAAUCAUCUAAUUCCAGUCCUAGCAUUGUUUAACCCUAAAACAGGAAAAAAAAAAACGUAAAUAGUUUGAUGUAGAGGCUCAAACACAGGGCGCAGAGGAGUUAUUUGUGACCUCGAUUGCAGUUUUAAAAUCAUGAUGUUACAGUUGAUAGCGCGAUUCGUCUUUGUUUACCGCAGAAUCCAAUGUGAGCUUGACCUAUCAAACUGUCAUGCGAUUAGCUGCUGUUAUUCGUUCACAGUCAUUACCUUCAGCGGUUUUCCGGAGCAUGGCAUAAUAUUUUAUCAGGUUUAUAACACCAAAUGACGGUUUGCUCGAUUCAACAGUAUAAAAACAAAGGCGAUACCAGGGUAUCAACUGCAACCUCGAUCCGUCAAAGAAUAAGUCUGGUUUUGAUCUCAGUAGAACACAACGGAAGAUUUUAAGUGUCUUCAUAACAAACAACAGUAGAUUUUUUCAGAUCAGUUAAUAAUAAUGAUAAUAAUAAUGGUAAUUGAAGUGCUUCUAUAGCGCUAUUUACAUAAAAAUGAUCAGUAGUGUUUUACAAUAAUUCACGUAAAAAUCUAUUCUAAAAUGAUAUAACCGUACAAUGCAAAAUGUGAAAUGUAACAUGCAAUUGACUGAAAAUUAAUUAAUUAAUAAAUCAAUGAAAUAAAGACGUUGUAUAAUACAAUAAAAUCAAAUUAGCUAAAAAAAGGUCCAUUUACGUUUAAAAAUAGUUAAUGAUUGAAAUUCGCGCAAUUCAGCAGGCUAACCAUUCCACAAACAUGGUGCAGCAGCAUAGAAGGAUCUGGCAUCAAGCGUAGAAAGCAUUUUCUCUUUAGGCGGCUCAAGUAAAAGACUACUAUUUGAUUUAAGAUUGUAAGAGGACUUCGAUCUAACACUAAUUAAAUCCCUGAUAUAUGGUGUUGCAAGUCCGUGAAUUGCCUUGAAAACUAAAAUUAAUAUCUUAAAAUGAAUUCGAGCGCGAACUGGCAGCCAGUGAAGAUCUUGAAGUGCUGGAGUAAUAUGAAAAUACUCGCUGAUGUUCAUAGCGAUUUCUAAAUACGUUUCAAUUUGACAAUCCGUGACUUUGGUUAACCAUACAAAAAAACUGUUACAGUUCUUCACUAAGCUGGGAAAACUAUGUAAAUUCAAUAAUUUUGGUUGUUUUUGUGUCGAUGGAAGGCUCGUUUUGUAAGUAAAACAAAUUUCAUUAAUUUUUGUUCUCUUCUUUGUGUGUAGGAUUGCAGAAAUGGAGGAGACGCAUCAGGAAGUCGUGUUAAAGUUACGAGAGGACAUGAAGAGAGAGGAAGAAAAACACAUUUCCCGCGCAGUGGCUCAAGUGAGAUCUGAGGAAGAGGAAAAACAGCAUGAGAUGAUGCAUGAAUUUAAACAAAAAGAGCGAGAGCGGAUACAAGCAGCAGUGGAUGCGGAGAGAAAGAUCAUGGAGUCACAACAUGGUAGCGUUACCCAAUUACAACAGGUACUGAACAAAUGCUUAAAGGCCUUUUUCAAAAAUACCAUAAUACUCUUUGUUUUCCCUCCACAUAAGCAUUGUUUUCAAUUUCUCUUGUGACUUAUAAUCGCCCCAAGAGAAAUUGAAGGAAUGCUUAAGCAAAAGUUUAGAGGGACAACAUCCAGGACUAUGAUAUUUUUGAAAAAGGCCUAUUUGCGGAGAUGUCAGUCACUGGAAAUAAGCCAUCAAAUUAAAAACAACAGUGGGAGCUGCCAACAAAUUAAGUAAACAGUAAAAUAACCGCUAUUUAGGGACGAGGGACGGUUUCACCAGUGUAAACCCCGGGACCCUCCCGCUCCGUAUAUUUAUAGCCAAGAGGGCUGCCUGUAACGUAGACCACGAGCGAUCGGCCCGUGGCAAGCGUUUCCGCGCGAAUUCGUUGAGAAAGUUGGGAGGUUUGCUACGUAGGCUACUAAGAGCCGCGCACCGUGUGCGAAUAAAAAAGACUUCUCGCAGGCCAGGGUUGGAUCGGCGGUAAACUGAGUUACUAAGUUUUCUAUGCAGGUACUUAAUGAACGACAGAAGGAGUUAGAGAAGCACAGAGUUGCCUUGGCAACAGCAAAGUCCCAGUACGAAGAAGCUAAAGAUGGAUUACACAGAGCUAAGGAGACUGAGGUACGUUCUUCAAAGUUAGUCUUUCUGCACCUCUCGUAUUUAUAUCCUCAAGCUGAAAUACCGUUUUCCCUUACUGUUUGAUAACCGCCGCCUAGUUAACUCAGUUAGGAGAGCGCCGGACUGCUGAGCGGGAGUCGCGGGUUCAAACCCCGGCCGGACCAAAACUCAGGGUCUUCAAAAUAACUGAGGAGAAAGUGCUACCUUUGCAAUGACGUCUGCAAACGGUUAGACUUUCUAGUCUUCUCGGAUAAGGACGAAAAACCGUUACCUGUUUUUUGCCAAAAAAUGAACUUAAAUUUUCCUAUUACGGUUGCCUAUAACGAAUUGCGAUUUGUAAUUCAGCAAAGAGUGGAUUCCACAAUUGAAAACCAAAAAUCGGUCUGAAAGAUAGGUUUUUAUUGUAUGUGUUUAUUAGACGCGACAAGACGCUGUUAAAUAACGAAAUGGCCGAACUUUCUCCUUAGGCGUACUUACGAAGUCAGCUUCAGGAACAAUCCGCAGCCUACAAAGAACAGCUGGCUCGUGUUGAACGUGAGAGAGAAGAACUGCGGAAUUAUAAAGAAGACGAGGUCGCUUCUUUCAAGGUAGCUUUAGUACAUCAUCGUUAAAAUGUGACUUGCUAAUACUCAAUAAACGGUCGAUCAUUUAGGGUUCUUAUCAUCUUCAUCAGUCCUCUUCGUUCAGCCCUCUUCGUGACCGAGUGGUCAGCGCGUCGGACUCGCAAUUCCGCGGUCCCAGGUUCGAGUCCCGCUCUGGCCACUUGUAGGAUUUGUUCUCGGUCUUCCCGAGUCCAGCGGCUGGCGAUUUUUUGCCAGUUUUGCCACUUUCGCCAAUGCAUGCAUGGCGAUUUUUGCCAAAAUCGCCAAUUUCGCCAAAAUCGCCAUUUUCGCCAAAAUCGUCAACCUCCAAGGGGCCACUUUUGGCAUCCAAUUCAAAUCGCCAGCAGCUGGCGAUUUUUCGCCAGUUUCGCCAUUUUCGCCAUUGCAUGCAUUUCUGGACAUAAGUGCGAAGCUUGUAAAUAGCCAACUGGUUGCCUCCCUGUUGGGAUUUUUUAAUAAUCGUAUGUUGUAUUUGAAUUCUUUGUUUCUAAGUAUUGGGUGGAGUGCCUGUAAAGUAGCUGGAUAAGCUAAAUGCAGUUUCCAUUAUAAACAAUCCUUUAAACCUUUAAACCCCACUAGUUCUUACAAUUUGACUCUAUUUUGAUUCAAACCAUUACGUCCUCUCCCCUCAUGUUCUUACAUCCUUGUGCGCUUCAAAGUGUGUCUUAGCCUGCGAACAGCAGACGUAUUUCCGGUCGUCGCUAAGUGUGUCUGGGACUCCCCUGUGGGAUCCAUUAAAGAGUUGUCUUGGCCACUUGUUUGUUUGGUCUCCUCAGUGUUUUGCCAAUCCACCGCCAUGUUCGUUUUCUUAUCUCCUCCUCUAUCGGCCGCUGCCCUGCCUGUCUCCACAACUCUUCAUUUCGGAUUCUUUUGGGCCACCAAAUCCGUCGGAUCUUGCUUAGGCACUUGUUAAUAAACACCUACAAUUUCUGCUUCAGUUAAUUCGUUGGUCAAUCUCUAAGUUUCUGCACCACACGAAUGUAGGGCCAUUUGGUAAUUUUUCAACAGGUUUUUGUGUGUCGGAGUUAACUCAAUAUAUUCUGAUUUAUAAACUGUCCAAUAUGAGUGUCGGCCGAAGCGAGCGGGGAUGCUGCGCGUGACUCCCCCAAAUGGAGAGGUGAAACCCAGUUUACUCAAUACCCCAGUGAAGCAAUUCAGUGAUUUUGUUAAAUCGACCUCGCACGAUUACCCGACAAACUCAAAUAGAAAAGUUAUCAAGAUAUUACAGAGAUUACAUCGUUGUCACCAUUUGUUUAUACACUUACAGGAACAAACUCGACAACACGCAGUAACGAUAGUGGCAAUGGAAGAAAGGCUGUUAAGACUGACUCGGCAAAAUCGACAGUUGGAACAGGAGGCAAUGCACGCUAAACAGACCACAGGUUAGUAAAAUGCUCGUUCGAUUGAAUUUCGUAAAUACUUUUCACCAUUAGCUGUUACUGAGGCCACGUUCACACGAAUCCUGACAUUUUUAAAACCGCAUCUUUUCUUACUCGGAUUCGUGUGAACGGGGUGACAUAAACCAGUCUGGCGAGCGUUUUCAGCGAACAAGAGGUGGUUUCGGUUGGCGGAUUCACUGGUUUCGUGUGCACAAAAAGGCUAAUUCGUGCAAAAAAAAGGAUGCGGUUUCAAAAAAUAACCGGAUUCGUGUGAAUAGGGCCUAAAGCUGUUGAACUUGGCCUACUUGUUUCUAACCAGUGUUUUGUCAUUGGUUUUAGAUAUGAUUUGAAGAAAUAAUAUUGUAACGAGCUUCUACAACUGAAAAUGGCAUAAGUUUGCAGAAACAUGUCUGGUUAAUUGAAAACUGUUGUGUUAUUUCUUCAAAUCGUAACAAAUUUCUACUAUCAAGUCCGUGUUAGAUAUGAAAAGUCAAAAAAGGAGUACACCAUUGUUCUUUCAAGCGAACCUGUUUUCGUUUACGUUUUGGGAAAAAAUAUCGGUUUCCUUUCAGAGAACACAUUUUUCUGCUUUUCAAUUUUUGUAGUAUUGAUUUUAUUUUCUCUUUGCUCCCAUUCUCUGAUGUGUUUUUAAGUCCUUAAAAUAAUCCAAUGCUCAAGACACGUUAAUCCUUCUUUUCAGUGGAAAAGAUAUAAAAUUCCCAAGAGUCCGCGAAAAAUAAAAGAUCUGUUCUUAGAUUAUUUAUAGCUGGUUUAUUUUCAGACGUCUAAGCUUGAGUUCUAAUUUUAAUGAAGACUGCUUCUAAAUCAAUUAGCUUUGAAUAAUUAAGGACAGACUUAGCAUUCAACAUAUAAAUUGUUUUGUUUCUUUUUAUCGACACUCGAGAUCUGUUAUACAGUGUUUAACGUCAACUUUUUUAAGUAUCGUAAGAGGCCUUAACUGACUACUUUGGUGGUAUGUUAAACUAUUUAUGAAAAAUUAGUAUCUCCCUUUUGGUAUUGGAAAACGUUGAAAGCAAAAUUCAGAGAACUUUCUUUGUUCUCUGUUGCUUUGCAUUUGUACAUUAAAUGAUCUGAUUGCGCACGACUUUUUAAUGGAUGUUAACGGUACUCUAUUUAGCCCUUAAAUCGUUAUGUAUCACUUAGGCAAUGUUAGAAAUUAAUUUCGUAUAACGAUCGUUCUACUAAAAAGUGAGAAAGUUAGAUUUUGUCUGUUAAAUGAACACCGUUUGUUAUAUAAGUAUUCUCUCCGUUUUCUUUCAACUAGGAAAGACGAAUUCUGUCUUGUCAAAAUUAAAACAUGAAAGAUGUAUAUUUUAAAAGACAGUCCCUAUAAAGGAAUCGUUGCAUUAUAUUACGGUUAACUAUACAAAUCCGGUUUGUAUAUAACUUUAGCUUUUCAGUGUAAAUACUUUUCGUUUUGUCCAAGUCUGUCAGUAGGUUUCUGGCCUGUUCCAUGAUCCGAGAUAGCCGGAUACGCGAAAUUGAGAUCACGCGCUCACAUUUCGCGUGCCUUUCACUUACGCGUCAUUCUUACUAGCUGAGAGCCUGGAACAGGCCAGUAGGUUUGUGUACGAAGAAAAUGUUUGUGUUGUGUUUGUUUACUGCUUGUUUGAUGAAGCAAAACAAAAAAGUGGAUGCGAACAUUAGGUGAGGACGUUUUGUUUAACGUAAGUUUAUGGACAGAAGAGUGAAAGAUAUCAUUUUUUGCAGGCAAAAUCAGACCGACAUCCCCGCGCAAAGAAUCAUCCCGACCCUCCUCCCCUAAGAAAGAUCCUAUGAACUCCUCUAGACCUCAGUCUCCCAGAAAAGAACCUAAACCCCAGACGAGAUCAGUCGAGACGGAGACUGUGCCUCAGACAAGCGUGGAAGCCACUCUGCAGUCAGAUGUCUACAAACUGGAACAACUGGUCUUGUUACUAAGGUAACAGCCACUGCAGGACCGUAUGUAAACGCAAAGCGAAAUACUUGAAUCCUAUUUUCCUUUAACGCAUUCAAAGCAAAGUACCUCCUGAAAAAAGUUGUCUCCGGAUAUGGCAGUUGCUGUGGUUUCAUGAUAAAGGAAUGAAAUCACAAGCAAUUUCCGAGUUCCAAAACUCUCACUUUGAAAACGAAGCUAAGGGCGCUCAGUCCAUUUGUCGGAACUGGCAGGCUGCACCAUUGCCGGACCAGUCAGUUUGAAAAUGAAAUGGCCUUUUCAAGAGUUUUUGUGGAAAAACCAUCUUUUUCGUGCACUCUAUUCAGUAUUUGACUGAUCUAGCUGGAUAGUUUUGAUUAAUAGUGAAAUUCUCGUUACGACGGGAAGGUGCUGGCCGCUCAGUUUUGACAAAUGGAAGCACCCUAAGUGUUUUAUUUCAGUGCAUGGGAAUAAAAUCUCAUUUUCAUAUCAGUGGCUUCAGCCAUAGCCUCACUUUGAAACAGAGGCUUGGGGCAACUCGAAAAUGGCCUUCUACAGGUCUUACACACUCUCAAACUAUACCUUGAGCAUCAUUUUUUUAAAGUAGAUUGUUUCUAUGAUGUACUGCUUUAUAAAAUUCAGCAUUUAUUGCUAACAAUAUAUUUUUCAAUUGCUCCAAUAUGGAUUAAUUCUGAAUUCAACUUUGACUGCUUUCAGUCCGCCUUUUCCCUUACAAUCCGUCCAGUUCUUAUCCCAGUCAGGGCAAUUGCAAACGACGUUGCGCCCUCGCCUGCAUAGGUUACGAGUAUAGUUAAUUUGCAAUGAAUACACAGACUACACAAGAUCUUUUAAAGACUGCGAUAUACGUUUAAACACUUUUUUUUUCCCAAAAAACACAUAUUUUUUACCUGUUGUCUCCUUCGAUGGCCUUCAAGAAAUAAUGAAUUUUUGUUCUUUUUUUGUAACAUCAUUUGUAUACAAAUCGGAGAAUAAAAGAAUUAGACUACUAGCAGUCUUUCUUUUUUCUUGGUCCGUGACUGCUCGCAGUCUAUAAAAGAAUAAAAAUAAGUGACGUUCAAAAAGAAUCCCAAUAGGUUAACUAAAUAAGUCAAAUUCAAAAGGGAGGGGCUGGACUUAUAAGCACGUGGCCUGCUGGGACCCAGACCCCUGAAACAUUUUUUUUUUUUUUUAGACGCGAAGCGACCCAAGCUAAGAAAGAGGCUGAAAGUCAAGGAGAUGUGGUACAAGCAUUAAGAAGGGAUCUGGCGGGUGCUGCAGCACGCAUGUCUGAUAUGGCCGGCGAGUUAAGCGAUAAACAGAAACAGAAACUGGAACAAUACGAGGAGAGGAUACUAGAGCAAGACACUGAGCUGGAAGAACAAAGAAAACAGCUCGUGCAGCUGUCUGCAUUGGUGGAUGAACAGCAAAAGGAGAUUAACUCCAGGGAAGACAAACUUAGUGAACAACAAAAGGUAGGUGACGUUUGUAAGAUAUGUAACUCUAUUGCUGAGAGUCUUCAUUGGUGGUGAUGUAAGACCAUGAAUACACACAUAUUAUUAUGUUUAAAAUAUCUUGAGUGCUGUCUAGAUCAGGAUAAUAUGAUUCAAGAUCACUCGGGUUGCCAACUGAAGAGAAAGUGCCUUUGUUAUGUCAUCUGCAAAAGGACAGGGGCACCCAACGAGAAUAUAGUUCAAAACCACUUAAAAAUGGCAUUGUUUUAACGUAUUUUAGUAUUUAAACGGUAGAUAUAGGCAUUUUUUAUCCCCUAAAAUUUUUUAAUCUGUGUGGAUUUCCUAGCUGAAAGUCUAGUGACCCGAAAAUUAUAGGGAUUAAAACUUACCUUUUUGAACAUUUCAGCUAGGAAAAAGGCUCCAGAAAAUUCUCGGUGACCUUUUUAGGGUAAAAAGUCAUUAGAAAUGGGCAAUUAUACCAUUUUUUAGACGUUCGAAAAUCCUAGGAGAGGCAGGCGAGCAAGAAAUUUUACAACAUGUGUUCCGAAAAUUCUAGAUCUCAAAUCGUCUUCUGAAUAGAUAUUUUCCUAAAAUUGACGUUGGGUGCCCCUGAAAGGAUAAGGAGAAAAAACCGUUUGCUCUGUAUGGCAGCAGCCUUUGUUCACAUGAAAACUGUGAGACUUUUUUUUAUUGUUCAUCACAUUUACCGACUACAGGAAAAAACGUUUAAACUGAAUUAAUCGUUGAAUUACUACAGUGCAAAAGAAAUAAAGCAGUACAACAACGUAAUUUAAUUGAUAUAAAGUUAACUUAAAUUUUGUUUUUUUGUCAUGAAAACUGUGGGACGUUAAAGAAUCCACACAUAAAAGUGCAUUAGAAUCUGAAAAGCAAACUUGUUGCAAGGAGCGAAAUUAAAGGCAACCGUAAAAUGAAAAGCGGGUAAAUCCCGUAACAGCCGCGUAGAUAACGUUGUCUCUCCCCAGUCUGUGCCCGUUCUUUUUUCACCGUAGUUUUUCUACUCGAUCGUUGCAACUCAACUGAGAGCCUGAGACUAGUGUUAAUAACUGUUCCUAGGCGUUAGUAAGGCAAAAGCGGGACACCGUCAAGAAGGGAACUGAACUGGUUGAAUACAAAGAACAACUGGCCACAAAAAUUGACGAGCAGGAGGAGAAGAUCAAGAUGACUGAGAAAGAGGUGACAAUAUUCAGUAUUCAAUACGUGUUACAUCGUGAUAAUUGUAUUUUCGUUUCACUAAUAUGAUUACAGUUAACUAGAAAUUAAGCUUUCAGUACUUGAGGUUUUAGCAUUGAUUAAACAUUGCGCCGUUUAUUCCAGGUAGUCCGUUCAUUCUUGUUUAGUUACUGUUUAGAGGGACUGGUUCACGAUAAUGCGCAUGUGUGAGUUCUGACAGUCGCUGAUUGUUUUUCAACCAAUCGGAAGCGAGUUAGCUGCAUGCAAGUAAAUUUACAAAAUUCAAAUUAAUUGUUCGCGACGCGAGAGCAUUUCCGGGCAUUUGGUUUGAUUUUAUUUAUCCCCAUAAUUCAAGUUUAUUCUUUGCUACUCCUCAGAUAUAUGUUGCAGCCCAUAAGAAUAAGAUUUACAGCCCUGUGCUGCUUUGAAACAAACAUUUACCAACGUGUAUUUUUACGAGGUCGUACCCACGCUAACAAAGCAGUCACCGAUCGGCAAACAAAAUUUGUAAACAAACAUCUUAUUACUGUAUAAAUCCAGAAAUACCUACAAAUAGCACCUGACCGGUGACAAAAACGCACAACGCAUGAGUAUGAAGAUUAUCCUUAAUUGAGCAUAAAUUUCAAAUGCUUAUCAGCAAAUGAACAAAUUCAUUCGCGUUGCAUCGGGUCAGUGUUCCGCAAAAUAAAUGUUAUCGAGUAGCACACAUAAAGAAACUAGAUUAUAAACAGAAUAUUCAGGCAAUAAUUUAUUUUAAAAACAUCAAUUCUUAAACAUAUACGAUCGUAAAGCAAAGAUACAAGGAACAUUUCAAGUGUACCAGAUCGGUGAAGACCGCGCGGCCUGUUGCGGUAUAACUACAGGUCGGUUGAACGAACUCAUGCCUUUAACCACUUUCCAAGUGUCGUGUAUACUUUUCGUAAGCCACACACUACUCCUAGAACCACACAGAUCGAUAGGCUAAGCUUCUCUAUCUCCAAAGACUUCUUGAGAACGUCCUGUUGUCGGACAGCAUCGAUGCUCUUCUGAACCUCCAUGAUCAAAACAUUAUUUUUUGCGUCUUCUUAAAACGUAACCAGUCAAACGACACAACCACACGUUAAUCACCACUACCGAAGUAUAACUAGACCAGCCAAAGCGACGGAUGUCCGAAUAAAACGAAGGAUUUUCAAUGAUUGUACCGGUAAUGGCGACUUCGAAUUUAGUGUUGACCCGACAAAUUUAUUCUGAAGAGACAAACGGCGCGCAUGCGCAUUAUCGUGAACCAGUCCCUGGUUUAGUGCUUUGUGUCUGCGACCUUUCAUGCAAAGGUCACAGAGGCUUUGAUUAAAUUCCCUUCACCAAUAAAUCACUUGAAAACUUCUUAAUAUCUCCGAUGUUAUUAGAAAUACAGUUUUUAAAGUAUGAAAAAAAUCUCCUUCAGAUAUACAUUUAUCCAUUUAAUUCUUUCUUUUCCAUGUCAGUCUACUUCGGACUUCGACUUCCUGUCUGUUGGAAUUUCUGUCUAGCUUUCACGCACGUGAAGUUCCAAUUUUGUCACGCACCACUAAAGAAGCAUUAGUUAAUUCACCAUCAGUUUAAUUGCGCUAAAGUCAAGUUUAAUCUUUUUUACCAGUUGUUUGGUUUUCUCUACAGAAUCUCAUGACAGGUGAAUUACACGCUCUUGGACUGCGAUGUCGAGGAGAGAGACAUGAGCUAGUGAUAGCGAGGCAAAAAGAGGCUCUGGCAGAACUCAGAGGCCGAACAAAAACACUGGAGCAAUUUAAACCACCACGUAAGUCUUGAAAGUAAAUCUGUCUUACAUGAUAGACUGACGUCUUUGAUCGCAAGGCCUAAACAAGAGCUUUGACGAAAUCCACAUGGAUAAAAAAUAUACAUAGCUUUUUAUAAAACUUGAGCGCAAUCGCAUUACAUUCAUUCUCCAGUCUGUUUCAAGUGACAAAAGAGCAGAAGAUUUGGAGUGAAAAUUAUACGAAAGGCGUCUCCUAUUUUCUUUUGUUGUCACGUGAAAUGGGAGAUGUCUGCACGCAAACUAUGUCUCCACUUUUCGGGAAAAAACUCUUGGGUAAUACGCUUGGUUGCGUACAAACCUUGUCAGUAGCCUGAUCAAGGCCACCGCCCUCUUUCCCAGAUCGCGCGCCGUCUUAUUUUUGGCGAGGUCCCUACAUACUGAGAACCUGGCACAGUCUACCUUGACGGUGGUUGAACCAUGAAUGUCGCGAAAAAAUUUUAAAAAAAGAAGUGAUACGCAGCUCGGGCUAACCAGGCAAUGAUCUCCACCUUAAGUCCGUUUUACACAGGCAAUUUAAAAUCGGGCCUAAACUUAAAACUUUUAUCGUGCCUUUGGCCUGCGUUUCAAGCGUUUUCUACAGCUAUGUUCGAUUUCAAAAAAAGGGUCGAGGAGUUCCUAUCUCUACUCUCCCCAAUUUUCCUCUGUCAUGAAAUUAAUGAUGGCGGCCGCAGCAAUACGAUCAUAAACAAACAGCUUUUACCCACUCUGAAAAUUCGUCUGCAUCGCAAUUUAGACAACGGUUGGCUUUAUAUACUAAUAAGUCAUUUCCGUGUUCCACAGAUGAAACCUCACUUUAAAAUGAGGCCAAAAUGCAAAACCUUUUUCGUGAAAAUGACUUUCAUUUGCAUUAAAAGUCAUUUUCAUAUUAAAAGCUUCGCACUAACGCUCGUUUGCAAAGACAGGUAACUUGGAAAUGGUCUACCGUGUGGCAAGAAAUUUUUGCGGGUUCUAAUUUUUGCGGGGUUUUUUUUCUGCGAUCCGCAAAGAUAAGUUCCCGCAAAUAAAAAUUACAGCAAAAUUUUUUUCCGCAAAAAUUUACUCCAGAUUAAAUACUCUCUAACUUAAAUUCGCUAAGAAAUCGUGUCUGUUCAAUUACAACUUAUCUCUUUCGUUCAGAAACAAAGCGGUUUACAAUGAAAUAUUGACGCACACCGUAGUAUUGUUUGAAAAUAUGCAUUUCUAUUGCACGUACUCAAUAACAACGAAAAUAUUGUCAAUGCUGGGUAUUGGGUACUUUCUGAAAAUCGCAAAAAUUAAUUCCCAGCAAGAAAAACCAAUCUGUCCUAAUCGGAAGAAUUAGUUCCCGCAAAACACAAAAACUCACAAAUCCGCAAAAAUAAACUCCUGCAAAAAUUUCGUGCUACAUGGUAUCUAUUACUGGCCCGUAACUUAAGCUUCGCCAGAGACACGUUACGUGUAAUACACGUAUUUCUAGUUGAUAAGAUGGUUUUUUUGUUAUGUUAGUUCCAAAUCAUGAACAAGCUUUACAGCAGAUUGUGGCUCUCAAAAAGGAAGUCAGUGAACUAAGGGCGAAGCUGGCCUCCCAAGAAGAGGACUACCACAAAAGCGAAGGCGAAAUGCAUGCUGAGGUAACAGACGUAACAGUGUGAUGCUCUUCUAAUUCAUGGAGUUCUGCGCUUGCGUUUCCUCUUGUCUUCAUAUUAAAAAGCGACGUCCUUUUGGCGCGUCACGUAUUCUGUUAGGAAGGAUUGCGUGACAAAGGGUCCCGUGGUCAUAGCGGACUACGCGUAUUAUUUUCUUAGGAAUAGUAAAGCAAGCGAAUUACUCAAGCGCGCGAAAAUCGGGACCCGAGUGUCACCUUCUUCGCGGGUGGCGAUUUUCACGCGCGCUCGCUUUAUUCGCUUGCUGUACUAUUCCUGAGUACAUUUGAAUAUCAGCGUGGUAGGCGAAGGGGUAGGAAAAGAGAGAAAAAGGGAGGUUUUCCCCUCCUCCUCUCCCUCCCCUUUUUGUGCCUGUCACGCAGGCUGUCACUGAGAAGAAUGAUGGGCUACUCGUAGUCCACCCUAGUCAGGUUGUUUGUAGAGUGAGUCCUUGCUAUUAUUUGCCCUCUAUACUUUCACAAGACUUUGGUGUAUGACAAAAAUAAUCAUUUUUGCUCACUUGAAAGAGUUCAAGUAUGAUCCAGCAAACUGAAGAGGCUGAAAAUAGGAUAAAAACUGUCAUGGGCCAUUGUAAGAGUGUGUCAUAGAUCCUUCUUCCCCUAUUUAUUUCAAUAAUUUAAUAUUCCGCGAAUGAACGUUUACAUGUUCAAAUGCUAUAGCAUGCUCUCCAUGCCAUGAUAGUCGUUUGUGAAAUGCCUUAUAUCUGUUUCCUUGUAACAGCUCAGAGUUCGUCGUGAGCAGGCUUCUGCCAGUCUCGCUGAAACCGAUUUGGAAAAAGGCGCUCACCAGCAAACAAAGGAAGCAUUAGAUCUCAGUGAAAAGACGGUGAGUUGAUUUUAAUAUAAACACGAAAAAAUUAGUGAGGAGUAUAAGAGCUUGAGCAAAAGCGUUUUUGAGCGACCGAAAUCAAUGGCUUGACGCUAAUAAAUGUACGCUCCGGUCAUCAUUCGCUGUUAAAAAACCACUUGGCAUGAGCGCCUUAUUGGCAGCUUUUUGCAGAAGUAAAUACAAAGACGGGGUUAUCUGUCAAGAGUGCCUUACUGCAAAUAGUUCACAUGCUAUGUUAUAAUAUAAAGGUGAAAUAUGGUCUUUCAUGAAAAUUGAUUCAACUUUCAAUGUUAGUUGAUAGAAAAUAGUGUCGGUUCAUCUUUUUUUCUAAAGUAAAAGAAACUAAAAGACACCUAAUUCGUUCCAUGAAAAGGAAGAACGAAAAAGGAAAUGAAUCAUGAUCAAGAUUACUACUGCCCUUCACGCACGUUUUUGUGCGCACGCCAGCAGCACCCUCUACCGUUACCUUUCGAACGCCUGGCACGGUACCAAACGCUGUUCGGAAAAUUAGCCCGCGCUCCUCUGGGAGGACUGAGAGAGCGGCGGAAAUCGAGUCCAUCACUUCGGAGGCUGCAAGACUAUUCUUGCGUCGUUUUAUUUGAGCGCGUCACUCCUCUGUCCUUCAAACACGCAAAGAAACAAGUUAUUUCAGUUGCGUAAGUCGUUAUUUUUCCAGGCUUUUUUAACUGUAACUGUUUUUUCUUUUCGCAGUAUCUGAAGUUGGCUCGAACAAUCGGUGCACUGCUUGAAAUAGACUCGUUACCAGGUUGUCGCUCAAUGGCGCACCUCCCAGUAGAGGAAAGAGAGAGACUGGAACUAGACAGGACAAAGGUAAUUUGAGUUUCAGUUCCUGCUUAAAAAUACGACCUGUGUAUGCUGUUACAUGUACAUGUGUCUUUGUUUCACAAUGCGAGAAUAAAAGUACUGAAGAUACCACAACACGUAAUCGUUAAAAAGAUACCAAUGACACUUAAAUAGUCGAAACUUUCUUAACGGACGCUUGCGCAAGAGCUGAGCACGGCUCUACUUGUGUUCGGGUCGACCAAAAAACUCUCAUUUUACUCGCCAUUGAAAAUCAGUUAAUAGCGCCUUGAGCAGGAUCUGCAAUAUUUGUGUUUUUAAUAGACUGCUCCAAGAGUGUGAUAAAAACCAAUUGGUGUAACAUGCCCUGAACUUGUGCGAUAUAUUUUGGAAGAUCAUUUCAGUUCCACUAGCUGGGCCGACAGAAAAGAGAUAUUGAAGUUGAAUUUCUUAGUUGAAAGUUACUUUCCUUAACCCAUUCGCAGAAGAACAAACACACAAGUCAACAUAUUGUAAUUAGGUGAUUCAUUCUUUUUCUUCGUCUAUUUCAUGAGUGAGGUGAUAGUUAAUUGUUUUGCUUUAGUUUUGUUUCAUGUCUGGGCUCCCUUCUUUUGUACCCAUUCUUUUGAGUGAUUUCUAUGAAGUUUUAAUUUUCCCUUUAAUUUGUUUCCCUUUGAAUAUCAGGCUGUGGAGCUGAUGGUCACUAAAGUUCAACAAAUGAACGAUCGAAUGGAAAGAAAAGUCCAGCUUCUGGGUUCUUAUGAAGAUGACUUGGUGCAUCUAAGGUAAAGAGACAAGAAACAAAAUAAGUAAAUAAAUAAAUGCAUUUUAUAUUUAGAACGAAAGUACCAAUUGUGGACACUAUCUUUGCGUCUCCUACUGGAGACGGGACCGCCAUUUUACGUGGUCGUCCGAGCCACCCGACGGUCUAGCCACUUGCACUGCAAAGGGAGUACCUUCAUUUCUUAGUCAAUUUAAGACCCUGAGUGUUUGUCCGGUCUCGGGAAUCGAACCCGCAACGACCGCGACCUCCCGCUCUGCAGUCAAACGCUCUACCGACUGAGCUAAUCCUGUUGCGGUUAUAAAAUGUCUUAUAAAAAAUGCUUUUAAUUUAACAUCACCUUAGACCGUUCACAGUCCCCUAUUUUUGGUAAGAUCUUGAAGGUCGAGCUCUUACCGGUACGAGCGACCAUCUGGGUCUCAUAUGUACCGAGGGGGCGGGCUUCGGGGUCCCCGCCCCUUGAGUAGAUUUCACGCUGAUCCCAAGACUGGACUCGGAACAUUUAAAACCAAGAUGGCCUCCUGAUCUCGACGAUUUUACGAAAAAAUAGUUGACUGAUAACAGUCUAACAUCACACAAUUGUUCUGGAACGCUAAAACCCAGGCAAAUAUCCUGAAUUAAUCCGCGAUCAAUUCCACAAUUCUCAUCGCCUAUGUCUUAUCAUGGUAUCGGUUAUAAAAGGAGAAUUUCAAACGAUAAAAACAAAGCUCUUGUUACAUCUUGUCGUCAUGGCCUCGUUCUUCUAUUUUCCUUGAUUUAUACACUGUUCAUAGACCCCUAUUUUUCAGUAGGAUCGUCGAGAUCGAGUACUUACCCUUGGGGGCAUCCAGCUUGGUUUCAAUUGUACUGGGUCUGGCCUGGGGAUUUCCGUCGAGUAACAAAUCUACUUAGGGGGCGGGGGAAAGUUUAGGAGGAGACGAGAAAAAUUUAUGUUUUUCUCCCCUGCCUCCCGCCACCGCUAAAACCCCGACACCACCCGACCCUCGGUACAUUCGAAACCAAGAUGGUCGCCCGUAACGGACUCGUAACGUUAAGUGCUCGAUCUCAACGAUGUUAUGGCAGAGUAAAGGACAGUGAACGUUUAGAAGUCAAGGUAAUACGUCGGGAAGGUAAAUGUGCACACUUAUAUAAAAUAAAUAGAUGGAAAAAGUGAAGAUUUUUGUGGUCGAAUUACGCGAAAUAUUUCGUCCUUCGUUUCAGAAAUAGUGAGACAGUGGCAGGACAGAAAACGGCUGAAGCUACAGGACUUAAGGUUGGCGUGUUGCUCGCAUGUUGUUAGUUACAGUUGUGUAGAACGUGUCCUUCUCUUCAUUAUAAGAUGAUGUAACAUCUGUUUGUAGCGCAUCCUUAGCCUUCGUAGCUGGCGGGAUUAGCGGGAGUGCUGUAGUUUUUUGGCGGCGGAGCCGUGUGAAGAUUAAGAACCCUAGCGGCUUUACCCCGGGCACAAGCAUCCUGCCACCAACGCAGGCUACCGCAUCCCUCUCUAAUAACUUUGUAGGAAGAGAAGGCUAAAUAAUGGGAUCAACGUUAAAUUUACCUAACCUAAAAACUCUUUGUUUACGACUGUUUUCAUUAAGGCUCUUACUAACAUAGGACAUUAGCGUUAAGCCGUGAAGUUAUUGCCAUAUUAUAGUCUCAGAGGGUCAUAAGGAAGUAGAUUGUGUGAUUUAUUCCUUUUAUUGGUUAAUGUGCAGGGUCCAGUUAUUAGAAGGCCAAUUAGCGCUGAACCGAGGUUAAAUUUCAAUUCGGGCUUGUUUUUCUUUUGAUCAAAAGCAUUUUUUCGAAUAAUUUUAUCUAUUCCUUUGAGAGCAUCCAAUCAUCAAAUUAUAACGAAAUUUAUUGAACUGAAUUUGAUUUUUAAGCUUUGGUACCUGAAUUCAAAUUUCCUACCUACCCUGGGUUAUCAGUUAAUCCUGCUUUGAACAUCCCUGCCCAGAUUACAUUAAAGCUGUCUUUUUGUACUGGAAUUUUUCACUCUGAUUUUUGUCGCAUUGUACCACAUAGAUGGAUGUUCGAAAUCGUCAAGAAGAGAUCGCCUACCUUAGAGCAUCAAUGAGUAGAUUAAGAGACGACCUGGAUCAACAGCGGAGACUUAAUGUUUGUUUAAAGGAAAGAAAGGUAAGAUGGUUGUACACUUUGUACACUUUUUCCACUUAAUGUGCUUGAACCAAGUAACCAUCUUGACUGACAGUUCUACUUCUAUUCUACCUGUGACAACAGGUAAACCAAGCUCACAAUAAGAGCUCGUAAGCAACACUACCUCACAUAGCUAAUUAAUAAUGGUAUUAAAUAGGACUGAGUGGAGUCCAAUUCGGUCGUUAAUCAUACGAGUGAUAAACCCGAUUUGUUUAAUCACGAGUGUGAUUACAGACCGAAUUGGACGACACGAAGUUCUGUUACCAAUUAACCAUGAUUGUAACAAAUUUAAUCAAAGCACGAGAAAUUCCGAGAGUUUUUUGCUAGCAGUGACAAAAAAAGCCAUUUAAGCGCGCGCGUGAUGGCGCGUACUGUCCAAUUACUUAGGCAUGACGCGUACUGUCCUAUUAGUGCUGAAAUCGGUACAAUUGAUAGCCAAUCAGAUUUGAGGAUCGGCGGGGCUAAAUGCAGGGUGCAUUCGCAGGCCAGAAAACUGCCCGUGAGAGAAAAACUAAAUGUGGUCUCCUUCAUUCUCGUAUCCGAUCUACUCUCCUUUAAAACACAGAGAGUUUUGAAAGGUUUGUGAAAGAACCUUGUCGGCAAAAAUCAACUAACUUUGUUGGCUUUUUUUCCUAUGUCCAGAAAUUCGCCAUGGAUAUGGAUGAGCGUGAUACAAAGAGACAAACACAUAGCUGUUACAUGGACGAACACACCAGAUACAAGGUGCCGAAUGAUAAGUAUACUAUAUAAUAUACAGUAAAUAUUGUUUCACCGUCCAUGCACUUGUUAGUUUUGGCAAAGUUCCCUUUCGUAAACGGUUGCUGCCAUUUUUGAGACACUUGUUAGAACAUUUUUGACCCGUGAUUGAGAGUGUUUCUAUUAACAAGAAGGUCAAUCGUAACCCAGGGUCGAACCCAGACCUUUCCUAUCCUAAUCCUUCUCCCUUACCACUAGACUACAACACCGACGCGACAAACUUGGAAAAAUUUCAGUACAUAAAGUAGUAAACUGUCUUUCUUGAAACUGAUGCAUCAAUAACAGGUGACGCCAGCCUUCCGUGUUCACGGAGCGCGUUGUACCAGCAACGCAGGCGUUUGAUUGUUCAUUAAACGAUGGAUGUUAAUUUGCGUUGACAACGGGUUUUGUUUAAGUUGCCGACACUGACAAGUCGUUGACAAGUCGUCGUUUCUUUUAAACGUACGCUUUCAUAACACAUAAGUCACAUCUUGCGCAACCACACGAAGGAUUUUUGGUAUUUUGCGGAUGAAUCACGUAAGCCAACAUGCUUUUGAAGCAGCCCGGCCAGUGAUGUUAUUACAGUCCCCCUAUUAUUCUUGCUUCCUCCCAAACCGCCCCCCGCCCCUUAGUAGUUUUGACACUCAUGCAAGACGGCAGCCCGUAACGCAAAGCUAUCGAUCCCGACGAUCUUACGGGAAUAUAGGUGACUGUGAACAGUUUACUGCGCGCGAUCUCCUUUAUUACUGGCCUUAUUGUAAGUUAAUUAAUCCAGGGAUUAUAUUACAUGUACCUUACCAAUGGUAGCGUCGACCGUUAAAAAUGGCAACGACCGUAACGAAGGGGAAAUAUGCGUCGUCGUGAUCCAUUACCUUUAGUGAAUGAUUAUGGAGAUGAGUCAGAUGCCAAGACAAGGCAUCUAUAAUUCUUAUUCUGUCUCAGCCUUCGGCUCAAUUAAUAACACUUUCCUCGACCCUGAUUAUUCCGGAUAUCACAGGAACCUCAUACAAUAAUUGUUUGUAAUUGUGUAUGUAAUUUCCGUUACAGGAGGAAGUUAAAAAGAAAAAGGCAGCAGAGAAACUUAAAAGGAAAAAUUACGAAAUAGAGUCACUCAAAAAGGUAAGAAACGUGGGAAAGUUUUUCAUGUAUUUACGGUAUGAUGUGGUCGUCCUGGAUUGGUAAUAUUUAAUUCUGCAAUCUAUAACUGACUUCAGUUAGCUUCACUUAAUUUCAGACUACAUUACAGAAGAUGAUCGGCGAAAAAAUUGUUAAGACAUUUUCCUGAAAUGGUUUAACUUCGAAGAACAAAACAAUGCACACCUCUCCUCUGUCUCUUCCAUUCAAAGUUGCGGUGUUUUAUGCUUUCUACAAGUAACUUGAACAGCAACACAGCAUUGUACCGAGGUGGUGGCAAAAAGUCAGACAUGCCCUUUAGGGCAAAGUGUCUCAAUUAAUUUUGUCGCCAAUGGUAGAUAGAGAGUUAUGCAAGUUAUAUAGUGUAUCUAAUGAAUAAUGGUAAAAGUAGAAUUUUAUAAAAGCUUUUGAGAAUGUGUGUAGUGGCUACAAGGCAUAUCGUGUAGAGAUGAUGACCACACUGAAAAUAAGAAAGAUCUGUUUCAGCCCCAAAGUGCCAAUUCAGCCCCUCCUGAAGUCAUUUAACACAUUUCAAGCGAAAACAGCCCAAUCUAAAGGCUCUUCCAGCCUACGCUGGGGCUCAUUUCAGCCAUUGGGUCCAAAUCAACCCUAGGUAGCUGGACUUUAUUGGCCCUGAUUUAUGGGAGCUAAAUUAGACUCAAAAAUAGGACUGUAUUUUACUUACCAAAGCGGCCCCAUUUUUAGGGCUAAAACAGAUCUUUCUGAUUUACAGUGCAUCUACUUUAUAACUGAAAUCCUCUUUUGCUGAAAUGAAGAGGGUAAUUUGGUUGAAGCCUUGUUUUUCGUACAUUUCAGCAUUUUCCCCUUAAAAUCGUGACGAAACUUCAUUCGGUCUAAAACUGCUGAAUUAAAAUUUAUGGACGAUGCUAAAUUGGUCGCCUGUGUACAGCCCCCCCCCGCCUCCUCCCUCCUCUUUUGCUGAGGGAAGGGGGGUCUGUACACAGGCUACUCAAUGUGCUGCUCUGUCAUUGGUUAAGGGGCGGCGUUUCUAAGAUCUGUGCGCGCCGUCGAAACUGUGGUUGCGUUGUCUGUGCUAAACUAAAUCUGCCUACUUUUUUACGUGUAAACUCUUUUCUUCCCCUCUUUCGUGAAUUCUCAAUUCACCCCAUUUUCCCUAAAAAUUUAAUCUCAAUGCCCCUAUAAAUGACUACGCGUGAUGUGAACGUGUAGAAGCUAAGGUGUCUGAGGUUGUAUUUUUUUAAUUUAUAGGAACUUAUAUCCGCUGACCGAGAACUGAAUGAAACUGCAGUCAAGUUGCAACUUCUCGAGUCCAGCAGAGUAAGUGCAUGGAACUCUGUUUUGUACAUGUAUUAACCUUCCUUAGCGGACAUUGUUUUCGCUCAAAACAUAAAUAGUUUUCACAAAAUUGAUUUUUGUUAUCUCUGACAACACAUAGUUCCAUUCCCAAUGUCGAUGGUCAUUAAGGGACACUAGUACGAAGAAUAUUGUUUUUUUGUUUUUUUCCUUCAAUCUUCUUGAUGUGUUUCCCUCCGUGGAGCAGUCAUAUUUGACUAAGCUAUUUUGUUGUAGGCAUGUUUUAGUUACUAUCAUUCGUAAGUCUACCAUUUCGUGAUUAAAGGGUCGAGUAAAACGAUUUCUUUGCAGCCUGUAAGGUGUUUGGGAUUGCAGAGUUUGUUGUUGUUUAGUAACAUUGGUCAGAUUGUGCGUGAAAAUUAGCAGGCGGUGAGCACAACCUCUUUUCGUCUUCUUUUUGGAGGCUGUGCCCGAUAGCGUCAAACAUCUGAAGUCGGCGAAGCCCGAACUACUGGACCAGUUAAACUUGUUCUCUAUCGUCAAACUGGUUUUUUGAGUGCGAGCAUCUGUUUAUUGAUAAACCUCUUCGCCCGUUGUAACAAGCGCAGACGUGGGUUGGAAACUGUGUCUUAGCAACAAGCAGCACAUGCUCAACAAAGAUCUUACCCGAUUAAUGCAGUCUUUCCAAAGGGUGGAAAAUUAGAAAUUCGUGACAAACGUAUUCGUAUUUAUUAUGUUUCAGAAUAAUCUAACGUCUCGUAGUGGUCAUAGUGAAGACAGCGCUUUACUAGAUUAUGAUGAGUGAAUGAGUUACUGCAUCUCCGCUACACGGGACUGACGAGUAUGAGCCCACGAUACCAUAAAGGUUGUUCACGCCCUCCGCUUAGUAUGAUCAAUUAUCAUACACGUGAUCUGCGCGUGCCAAACAAGCAAUCCGGCGUGAUAUUAGACGUGUCUACAAUAUUCUGAGCGGGAAGUUUGCCUCACAUCAUGGGGAAAAAUUUCGCUGUUCUUAAUACUUGAACAUAGUGUGAAUAAAAUGAAAAACAUCAGAAUAUGCAAUCAUAGGACAGAAGGACGACCCAGUUGUUUUUAAUGGAAACCUGGCUUGACUGAAGAGUGAAAUAGAGUGUGUUGCAGAUUCUGCAGUGUCAGUGUGUUGAGCCGAACCCCUUUAGAUUAAUUUGUGUAAAUACAAACGAAUUUAUUUUAAAAAUAAGCAAAUAAUCGGGACUGAUAACAAAGGUGAUGCACAGCGAAGUUUUUCGCAGAUACUAUCAAUUUGACCAAUCAAGUAUAAUAACGCACUGUUUCUCGGUCCCUUUUUUUUAAGCGGCGGUUGUUCACAAAAACAAUUCAAAUUUGGUUUUUUAAUUCAAUAUUUGUCUUUUUCAGUUUAAAGCCUCCUCAUAAAGAAUUGUUUGGUUAUCAGCCAGCUUUGCCUUAGUUUCUAGUUAAAACCUGGUAGUCGACUCUACUUGUACGUACCUUUUUCCCUAGUGGAGAAAAAUA